AAUUCAUGUUCCCUCCAUAGCAAAACUACAAAGAGAAAAAGAAAUAGUAGAGUAAGGACGUAAAUAGGUUCUCGACGCAUUGAAAAGGACAGCAAACGAAUAUUGAGUCAGAGGGAGAGAAUAAAAGUUAUAACGGGAGCAACAAAGAGCAGGAGAACAAGUGCCUUCUGCUGAUCAACGGUGUAGCAAAUUAUUCAAUAUUUCUGUACAUUGACUGCAAGAAAUAUUUUACGAUGCCUAAUAUCAAGCUACAGAGCUCCGAUGGUGAAGUUUUUGAAGUGGAUGUUGAUAUUGCAAAGUGUUCAGUCACUAUAAAGACCAUGUUGGAAGACCUUGGAAUGGACGAAGAUGAGGAAGAAGUAGUACCUCUGCCGAACGUUAACUCAGCAAUCCUGAGGAAAGUAAUACAAUGGGCUACUUAUCAUAAAGACGAUCCACCUCCACCAGAAGAUGACGAAAAUAAAGAGAAACGUACUGACGAUAUAAGUUCUUGGGACGCAGAUUUCUUGAAGGUUGAUCAAGGAACUUUGUUUGAAUUAAUUUUGGCAGCUAAUUACCUUGAUAUUAAGGGAUUAUUAGAUGUAACGUGUAAAACUGUUGCUAAUAUGAUAAAGGGCAAAACACCAGAAGAAAUUCGAAAGACAUUCAAUAUUAAAAAUGACUUUUCUGCAUCUGAGGAGGAACAAGUUCGCAAAGAAAAUGAAUGGUGUGAAGAAAAAUAGAUUUAUUCUUGGAUACCUGGUUUCUUGGUUAUUAAAAAAUUCAGUUCCAAUGUUUGAAAUUUUAAAAGUUAAUACAUGACUUCUAUUGUUUUGAAGAAGUCAUUAAGUGCUGGUCACAGCACAUUCCGUUCAAUGCAGCAAACAGUGUAUACAUUUUAAAUUUAAGAAUCAGUCACAUUAAUGUGUUUGUGGUUUAUUUAUUUCAGAUUCCUUAUAUAAAAUUUAAUAAUACCACUUAGCGUGCAUAAUGGAAAUUAAACAAGUUUGUAAUAUUGUAUUGAUUGUUAUCUCUACCUUAGGAGUAUAGUAGAUCUGCAUAACUAUUGUGUUUCAUUUACAUAGAAUAUAAAUUUAAUUUCUA